GGGUGGCGGCCGCCGAUGGGGAAAGCGCGGAGCCUAUUGGUCGGGCAACAAGCGGAGGGGGGCGGGGCGGGGCGGGGAGCGCGGCUCGCCAUUGGGGGCGGCGCCUGCCAGUCGGCGGGGGGCGGGGCUUCCGCGGCGGAAGGCGGAAGCGGGCGGCACCGCGCGGCAGCGGCAGCAUGGAGGGGGCGGCGGCGGCAGCGGGUGAGCAAAGCAACCUGUCCGGCGUGCGGCACGUCGUGCUGGUGCUCUCCGGGAAGGGCGGCGUGGGGAAGAGCACGGUGGCCACCCAGCUGGCCCUGUCGCUGCGGCACGCCGGCAAGAAGGUGGGGAUCCUGGACGUGGACCUGUGCGGCCCCAGCAUACCCCGCAUGUUCAAGGUGCAGGACAGCGACGUGCACCAGUGCGACAGCGGCUGGGUGCCGGUCUUCGUGGACCAGGAGAAGAGCAUCUCGCUCAUGUCCAUCGGCUUCCUGCUGGAGAAGCCGGACGACGCUGUGGUGUGGAGAGGACCCAAGAAAAACGGUACGGUCGGUUCUCGCUGCUGGCAGCGACCUUCCGGAGCUUGGUGCAGUCAGCAAACCCUCUCAGAGGUGCUGCUGGCUCCUGCUCGGAGCGAGGCUCCUGUUCUGCAGGGCUGCCUCCCCAGGUGAGUUCCAUCUCUCGGACGGGGCGCCCUUUAUUCCUGCAGCUUUGAUAAAACAGUUUGUUGCCGACGUGGCCUGGGGGGAACUGGACUUCCUCAUCGUGGACACACCUCCGGGCACCUCCGACGAGCACAUCUCCACGGUGGAGGCCCUGCGGCCCUACAGGCCUCUUGGAGCAAUCCUAGUCACAACGCCCCAGGCGGUGGCUGUGGGAGACGUGAGGCGAGAGGUGACCUUCUGUAAGAAGACGGGCCUGCGAGUUCUGGGCAUUGUGGAGAACAUGAGCGGCUUCGUCUGCCCGCACUGCUCGGAGUGCACAAACAUCUUUUCCAAAGGGGGAGGCGAGGAACUGGCCAAGUACGCUGGAGUCCCCUUUCUAGGCUCCGUUCCCCUGGACCCCCAACUUAGCCAGAGCUUGGAGGAAGGCAGAGACUUCAUCCGGGAGUUUCCCAAGAGCUCCGCCUUCCCCGCCUUGGCUCACAUUGCCCAGCAGGUCUUGGACGGCGCAUCGCAGCGGAGCUCCUGAGGAGGGUUUGGGGCUGGACUCUCGCCUUGCCUGGCAGCGCCAUCGGCAGCCCUUGCCGGUGGGGAAGAGAGGAGGAUGCAGGAGCUGUUUAAUUAACCAUGAGGCUGUUUCGGGGGGGGGGAUGAUGGAGGGAGGGGGCAUCACAGCAUCGGUGCCGCUUAUGGCAACCCAAAAAGGGAAGUGAUGCUCCACCUCCCCGUGUCCGAAGAGACUCUGCGUGGAUGUUUGUGCUCACGCAGGGGAUGCACAGCCUGGUUCUUGCCUUCUCAACGUGGCAGCGCUCUGCCCACACGGUACAGCUGCUCCUAGCCUGCUCACGCACCGCCUUCCUCUGCGACCAGCUGUUGUCCGGGCACUUGUGGAGCCGUGGCCUCCUCCCACAGCAUCUCACACGCUGUAGCGCUGCUGACGAUGACUGAACGCAGCUCCCAUGGCGAACGUCAUCAGCUGGGAUGGCUGCUCCCUUGCCGAGCCCAAAUGGCGCAAAUAAUCCGCGUCGUAGCUCCGUGUGCUGCUGCCUUCUGCUUUCCUUGCGUGACACGCCGUGGUACUUGGUUCGGUGGCUGGCCAGUUAUGUUGGACGCUCUGCUGUGAGCCCGAGCCCAGCCAGCCUGCUCGGAAAUCUCACAUUGCUGGUACGUGAAGUGCCUCUGAGGGCACGGGAUGUGCUUCACGUGAGGAGGCGUCCUUAGGAAUCUAGUACCCUUUUGAAGCCUGCAUCCUACCAUACUGGAAACAAUGUCUUCUUUUUUUUUUUUCUGGUCUGCUGGGGGUUUUCGUGACUCAGGAAUAUUUUUAAAAGUUCCAGACAGUAAACAGUUUUCUUAAAA